AUGAAGAUUGAAUGGAUGUGUUUACUUGUGCUUACGUUUUUGUGUUUCCAUUGUGAUGCUGCCAACAAGCCGAGGAGAGGACGGGGCAGCAUGUGGUGGGGUAUAGCAAAGGCCGGUGAGCCGAACAGUCUUUCGCCAGUGUCGCCUGGUGUCUUGUACAUGGACCCAGCAGUGCACGCCACGUUGAGGAGAAAACAGCGGCGCCUGGCGCGCGAGAACCCUGGCGUUCUAGCCGCUGUGGCCAAGGGUGCUAACAUGGCGGUAUUGGAGUGUCAACACCAGUUCAAAUAUAGAAGAUGGAACUGCUCCACGCGGAACUUUCUGCGUGGCAAAAAUUUAUUUGGAAAAAUUGUUGACAGAGGUUGUCGCGAGACCGCGUUUAUAUACGCGAUCACGAGCGCCGGUGUGACGCAUGCCGUGUCCCGAGCUUGCGCAGAGGGAGCGAUCGAGUCCUGUACUUGUGACUACUCACACGUCGAUCGCACACCACAUCGCUCCCGAGCACCCAACGCAGCCAACGUGCGAGUCUGGAAAUGGGGUGGCUGUAGCGAUAACAUCGGCUUCGGAUUUCGAUUUAGCAGAGAAUUCGUCGACACAGGAGAAAGAGGCAAAACAGUUAGAGAAAAAAUGAACUUACACAACAACGAAGCUGGCAGAAUGCACGUGCAAACAGAGAUGCGCCAAGAAUGUAAGUGCCAUGGUAUGUCUGGGUCCUGCACUGUCAAGACCUGCUGGAUGAGGCUGCCUAGUUUCCGCUCCGUGGGUGAUGCUCUUAAAGACCGCUUUGAUGGGGCUUCACGGGUCAUGAUGCCAAGUACAGAGAGUGACGUGCCCUUAAGACAGCGAAACGAUGCAGCACCGCACAGAAUUCCACGACGAGAUCGUUAUAGGUUCCAACUCCGUCCACUUAAUCCUGAUCAUAAAACACCGGGCACUAAAGACCUAGUGUACCUAGAACCAUCGCCAGGUUUCUGUGAAAAAAACACAAGGCUGGGGAUUCCCGGCACGCAUGGGCGUGCUUGUAACGACACGAGCAUAGGUGUCGACGGCUGCGAUCUUAUGUGUUGCGGCCGUGGUUACAGGACCGAUACGAUGUUCGUUGUGGAACGAUGCAAUUGCACAUUUCAUUGGUGCUGCGAAGUCAAAUGUAAAUUUUGUCGAACGGAAAAAGUGGUUCACACGUGUUUAUAGACAAGCGGACACUAAAUCCUAAUGACGCGUGCACGUACGUGAUCGAAAGUAAAUUAGUGUCGACCUUGGACUUAAGUGCGAAGUUGAACAGUAAAGUUCGUCGGAAAUAAAUAUGUAAAUAAUUGA